UUAAGUAACUACGAAUCAGUGUAAUCACUAAACUUGCUACCUCUCCAAUAUAUCCUUAUUGAACAAAAUUACAAGGAAAAUCAAUGGGAAGACGGAAUCGGAGUAGAGAUUCAACAAGUCAAGGUAAACAACACUUCAGCCAUUCCCACAUCUUGAAACUUGUCAAUCCAGCUGAAGCUGAAAUUCUCAGUUGCAAUGCUUGUGAGCAACCAAACAAUAAUAACAACCCUAAUUUCUAUGGCUGCAAUAGCUGCCAAUAUUUCCUCCAUGAAAACUGCUUCAAUGCUCCUCGUUUUCUCGAUCAUUCGUCUCAUGCAUCUCAUCCUUUGACCCUUCUCGCAAGUCCAACUUACUCGAGUCGUUCGUAUACUUGCAAGGCUUGUGGCUCUGAUGGCAAUGGAUUUUGCUUUAGCUGUGCUUGUUGCGAAUUCGAUAUCCACUUGCAUUGUGCAUCUUGUCCAAGUUCAAUACUUAUUGACGAACACCCGCAUCAAUUGGAGCUCCUCUUUGGUUCUCCUUUCGAAGAUGAGAAUAUCGUAUAUAGUUGUGAUGUCUGCAAUAAUGUAAUAAUGAAGACGGACGAUUGGUUGUACUAUUGCGAUGCUUGUGAUUUUAUGUCGCACUUGCCGUGUACAAUUAGUCCUGAAGUUGGUGUUUUCCCCAGACAGCAAUCGCAUCCAACUCCAAAUCCAAAUCCAAAUCCAAAUCCAAAUCCAAAUACAAAUUCAGCAGUGGAGAUGAUAAAUGCAGCUAAUGAAGCGCAUGAACAGAUUAUUGCAGCUCAAAUUCGUGCUCAGAUUGAAGCACGAGGAAGAGCGGCUGCUCUUUCACUCUGGGAUUGAUCGGCCCGGCCACCAUGCGGAAGAUACAGUUACAUCUAACUGUAUCGUCAUCGAUCAUCUAAUGCAUCCACUUUAAUUUGUCGACGUUCAGUUUUUAUUGCAAAAAUAAAUGCUCUGUUAUGUUGUGUUAUUUCUCUUUCGAAUAGUGUUUUUCAAAUUUUGUGUCUGUGAUCGUUGAUGAUCAAGUUUGUCCAUUUCCUUUACGGUUUCUAUGUUUAUCUAUGACAAUAUCUGUUUGAUUUUCGCGGGU